GGUGGGACACAGGUCCAGCCUUGGGGGCCUGAAGCGGCUUGAGCUGCAGCGUGCUGGAGAGGUGCUGGACUGCCCAGAAGGAGCUGAGGUGCAGGGAACAUCCCCUGCCAGGCCCCUGUCCCGGCAGACAGAGGCUUGCUCUGUCUGGGUGAAGGCUGCGCAUAUGUCAGGGAACGACACCAAAGUUGUUCUAGCUUGGGUGUGCGGGUUUGGGGCUCAGGGCUGUGUCCGGCAUGUUUGGGGUACUCCUGAUGUGCAUCCAGAUGUACUUGUUCUAAAGAUGUAGCAGCGCUUGGACUUUCUGGUGCUUCUGAGCUUCGUGGAAGCAUUUUUGCAUUUGAUCUAGCAGCUUGCGUGGCCUUCAGCAUCCUUAGUAUUUUGCAGUGAUUAAGCCUGAAAGCUCCUUGUCAUUGAACAAAGAUCUUGGGCAGACACAAAAUGACAUUGUAAAUCAUUCCCGAGUGUCAUACUCGGGGCCUUUUGUCAGCUGAAAACUCCAUAUCCAACAGAAAAUACAAGCUAGGGAUCUGGAGAAUAAUAAGAAAAAAAGCAUUAAAAGUCAAUCUUUAAAAACCUGCGUGUCCAACCUUGAUUGUGCCUUCCAGAAACACAGCCUCUACCUCACCGUAUACUUGCACGUGCUUUUAUCUCUCUGUUUAUGAUUAAAGCGAUGACCUGCAAAGAAGUAUAAGUCCAGCACGUUAAGUAUGUGAUUCUGUGAAGUAUUCUGAGAGCUAAACUCCAGAUUCCUUGUCCCUUGUGAGUUCUCUGGUUCACUCUGGUUGUUUAUUUGGUGUAUGUACAUUUGUGGUCUGUACAUAGAAGGUGUUUUUGGUUUAUAUCAGGAGGGUACGUUGACAUCUGUCUGAUACUAGACUGGUGAAUAGGAAGAAGGUCCCAUCUCUGGCCUGUUUGUGGAAGCUGGGAUGAUGAAGGCCCUGCAGUGGGAACGUGCGGUGGUACAGGGUUGAAGCUCCAGCCCAUGUCUGGUAGUUAUAGAGCAAUUGGAAGGGUUACGUGCAGAGUUCUGGUAAAGAUGGAAGAAUCUCAUUUCAACUCCUCCCCGUACUUCUGGCCAGCAGUGCCCACCGUCUCGGGACAGAUUGAGAACACCAUGUUUAUUAACAAGAUGAAGGAGCAGCUAUUGCCCACAGAGAAGGGCUGCAGCCUGGCUCCCCCCCACUACCCUGCCUUGCUGACAGUACCCACCUCCGUGGCCCUACCCACUGGUAUCUCCAUGGACUCAGACACCAAGCCGGAGCAGCUGACGCCACACAGCCAAGCCCCUGUGACUCAGAACAUCACCGUGGUACCAGUGCAGUCUGCUGGGCUCAUGACAGCAGGUCCUGGUCUGGUGAUAACUUCCCCAUCAGGUUCCCUAGUGACCACAGCCGCCUCUGCCCAAACCUUUCCCAUCUCAGCUCCCAUGAUUGUCUCUGCGCUACCCCCUGGCUCCCAGGCAGCCCUGCAGGUGGUUCCUGACCUGUCCAAGAAAGGGACAACCACCCUCUCUGAAGGUGGUGGGGGUGGCGGGGGUGGGGGAGUUGCCCCCAAACCGCCUCGGGGCCGGAAGAAGAAACGAUUGCAGGAGUCGGGGCUGCCAGAGAUGAGCGACCCCUUUGUGCUGUCAAACGAGGAUGAUGAGGACCAGCACAAGGAUGGCAAGACAUACAGUAGUUCCGUGAGCAGCGGAACUAAUGAAGCCUGGUUUCCAGCGGCUCUCUCCUGUGUGGAUUCUCUGAUGUCUAAUCAAGGGUGCCGGAUGUGUUCGCUGACCUUCUACUCCAAGUCGGAGAUGCAGAUCCACUCCAAGUCCCAUACGGAGACAAAGCCACACAAGUGUCCUCACUGCUCCAAGAGCUUCGCCAACAGCUCCUACCUGGCCCAGCACAUUCGCAUCCACUCAGGGGCCAAGCCCUACACGUGCAGCUACUGCCAGAAGGCCUUCCGCCAGCUCUCCCACCUGCAGCAGCACACACGGAUCCACUCCAAGCUCCACACGGCGAUUGUCAAGCCGCACAAGUGUCCUCACUGCUCCAAGAGCUUCGCCAACACAUCCUACCUGGCCCAGCACCUCCGCAUCCACUCGGGGGCCAAGCCCUACACCUGCCGCUACUGCCAGAAGGCCUUCCGCCAGCUCUCCCACCUGCAGCAGCACACACGUAUCCACACCGGGGACCGACCCUACAAAUGCGCUCACCCUGGGUGUGAAAAGGCUUUCACCCAGCUUUCCAACCUGCAGUCCCACAGACGGCAGCACAACAAAGACAAACCUUUCAAGUGCCACAACUGCCACCGUGCAUACACGGAUGCUGCCUCGUUGGAGGUACACCUGGCUACGCACACGGUGAAACACGCCAAGGUCUACACCUGCUCCAUCUGCAGCCGGGCCUACACCUCGGAGACGUACCUGAUGAAGCACAUGCGGAAACACAACAUCCCUGACCCACAGCAGCAGGUGGUUCAGGCACAAGCCCAAGCCUCUCAGCAGCAGCAGCACUUCCAGCCGCAGGGCGGGGGGGCAGCAGGGGGCCCUUCUGGAGACACUAACCAACCCAACCCUCCCCCCCAGUGCUCCUUUGACCUGACUCCUUACAAGACUUCAGAGCAUCACAAGGACAUCUGCCUCACUGUCAGCACCAGCGCCAUCCAAGUGGAGCACCUCUCCAGCUCCUAGAGAGACCUCAACCCAGGGAGCAGAAAGCCUCUUGUGCAUAGCCUGCGCCCAGGGGCACCGCUUGUGCAGCGGCCCUCCUCGUGCAACAGUCUCCGGCCUCUCCUCCUGCAACAGCCUUUUCUGGCCGUGUAACCCUGUUCAUGGCACCCCCUUGAACAACAGCCUGUCUCAAGGGGGUGCUCCUUCUGUGCAACAGCCUGCCCGGUAGGAGGAUGCUUCCUUGUGCAAGAGCCCCUUUCCUGUGCUGGGAUCACUUCCUCAUGCAAAAGCCCCUCCUUUCAAACCCAAAGAAAGGCCCCUGUUUUGCCUUCUCUCUCACUGUAGGAUGUGUAUGAAGGGGGGGUGCGUGUUGAGACAUGCAUGGUGGAUGGGAUGGAGAGAGGGUCCUUGUAUGUACAGGGGCUCGGACACAUGUUUUCAGCAGGCCACAGAAGAAUGUGGCAGGGUUCAUAGCUGGAUGGGGUUCUUUGAGGAUUUCCUUGAGUGUCUAAGAGAGAAAUAUCCAUUCCUGUCCCUCCUGCUUGUGAAAGGGAGGAGGGGUUGCUCGUCCUGCCCCAAGGACUGGAUGGGAGAAACCUUCUCCCCAGAGGAAGGUGAGACCAGUGUGGGGGGAGAGGUGAGGCAUGUUCUCUGGGCUGGACCGUGCCUACACUGCCCGAGGGCUGUGGAGUAUUGCACUCUUUCUCCUCCCCUGGUGGAGAGCAAUAGAGAGGAGUCUGUCUGAACUGGCUGCUGCCUCUCUCUCCCAGCUGUCCAAGCAGCAUGGUGGCCAAGGCCCCGUAGGAAUGUGGAUUCCUGCUCAUUGCUCUUCCUGCCCGUUGUGGAUGAUGUCCUAGCAGCUUGUACUCCUCCUCCUCUCCCUCCUGCCUGCUUCCCCACUCCUCCCCUCAGAAAAGCCUGCAGGCAUCAACAACAAACCAAAAAGCAACUGGAGGGAGGGUAAGAGACUGCCAAAAUAAUCAUCACCCUUCUCUCUACUCCCUUUCCUGAAAGGCAGAACAAAAGCAGUUCUGACUCUCAUACCCCUGUCCUGGCCCCAGUUCCCAAAGGGAAGGCGGAGGAGGAGGAAUAGCCCAGUCUUUAAAAGGAGCCAGCAGGAGGCAGGGAAAGGCUAGCUUCUCCUGCUCACCUCCCAGCGGAGCGCUCUCCCAGGCUCCCUCUUGCCAAGACGGGCUGGACUCACAUGGCAGUGGUGGCCUCUUCUGGACCCUGGUCAUGGGACAGAAUCCCCAAAAGGUGGACAGUGGAGAGAAGGGGAUGAAGAUCCCCACAGAGAGACCAAUCUAAUGAGAAGGGGGAGCCAACAAGAAUAAACUGAAGGCCCCUUGAAUUUAUAUAUAUAUAUAUAUAUAUAAAUAUCUAUUCCCCACCCCUGGCCCGCUCUGUCCUUGCUGUAACUGUUUCUAUCUCUGUGUUUAUAAAACGCAUUAUCCUGACGAGUUUUUAUUUUCAAUCUUUGUUUGUUUUUCCCUUUCUCUUCGUCUUCAAUUCUUCUCGCCCCCCCCCCCCCUUUUUUUUUUGAUAUAUAACUGGUCCACAUGACUACUAGUCUUGUGUGUCACUUGUUAGUUCCUUUGGAUCAUGGAGGCUGACUCGGAAGAGAAUGAGAAAGCAAGGGAAAAAAAGCAUGUGUUGUUGGGAUUUAAAAUCAAUCGCCCACCCAAAGCCUAGAGAAUCCCAGAUUUCUGUAUGAACAACCAAUAGGGGCUUUUUUUUUAACCACCUGUAUAGAAAUAAAUCGGUGUAAAAGGCUCCUGGAAGGUGCUGCUGCGAGCACCCUGCCCCUGUGACGUGUGUUCCUUCCCCCUGCACCAGACCCACUGCACGAGCAUCUUGCUGCUGUGUGUCCCGAGCGAGUGGCCUGCCUUUGGGCAGUCUUGCUGUUCACACAAGGAAAGCGAGCAGCUCUGUGCUCUGCACCUCUGGAGCCUGCAGCAGAAACCUUUUUCUCUGCAUUUAGUCACCAGGGUUGCCUGCAAAUGGUUGUUUUGUUAGAUCAAUAGAUUUGGCCAGAAGAAGCUGCCUGAUUUGGCUCCUGCAUUUCACAGGUGACAUUUCAACCUGUUUAUCCUGUAUUGAGUCCCAAGAACUAAUAUAUAUUUGAAGCACGUGUUGACAAAAUGCAUUGGCUUGAUUUUGAGGCACUGAGACACAGAGAAUCCCUUUCAUUGGUAGCCUGAUGCAAGGGCUUUAUGUUCUCACUGUUGAAAUAUUUAAGCCCAAUUUCUCCUUUGGAUCUGUUUGGCUUUGGUUUCCAGUUACUAGUUCUGGAUACAUCCAUCUCGCGGAUUCAGAGAGCCUUAAAGCACAGUGGAGCUUUUUCCCCUGGACUGGUAUUUAAACGCUGUAAUGUCACUUCUCAAUCCAUUUUUUAUACAAGCUAAAUAGACGGAAUUCCUUAAGUCUUCCACUGUAAGGGAUUUCCUCCAGCCCGUGAAUUAUUCUUGUCCUUUCUUUCCACAUCUUGUCAGAUUUUUUCAGCAUCUUGUAAAAACGUCCCUUUCAGAAUGGAGUGUUCAAGCCCCAGUGCCAUGGCCAGGGUCCCCCUGCCCCUUUGCCUUAAGUCCGCAGAGGAUUGCGUUUGCCCUUUUCUCACAGCAUUAUAUGGGAGCUCACAUUAGCUGCUUGUCUGGUGUGAUCCCUGGAUCAUCCAAAGUCUCAGUUUUCUGUGAUAGCGUUUCCCUCUUUCUACAGGUAUGGUCUGAGUUCUUAUUUCUUAGAUACUGAACAUGAGGCUGUUACUGAAGCCCAGUCUGUGUGAAGUCCAUCUGGCUUACUGACGGACCAUGUUACUCGCUGCUCUCUCAGUUUUGUCACCCACAAACUGUAUCAGUUGUUUUUUACUUUCAGAUCCAGGUUGAAAAUGCUGUAUUGCAUCUGACCUACCUUAACUUGAAAAGCAUCAUUCAGUGCAACUUUUUAUUAGCUUCUUUUUGAGACUUGCAGGCUAGGCAUUUCUUAAUCCUCUUAGUAUGUGAUUAUGUACAGUAAAUCUUUCUGACUUAUGGUGCUAGGUCAAUGCCUUACAAAAAUUUAAGUAUGUUGCACCUAUGCAGUCCCCUUUGUUAAACCAAAUGUAUAAUGAUGUCAUCUAAGGAUGAAAUUAGGGUUGGGGAGGGGGGUGUUUCUACAAAACCUGUAUUUCAUAAAACCUUUGGGUCAAAGGUUUUAUUUUUCAUUCACUAAUUCUUCAUCUCAACAGCUUUUCCAUCAUUUUGACAUUGAGUCAUUUCAUUUGCCUUUUGGGAGCACUGUCAUGAAUGUCUGAAGGUAUUUCUUUAAUACCCCAAGUUUAAUUAAAAUCAGAAUCAAUGGGCUAGAGAGCUUGUUAGUGAACUCUUUUAGGAUUCCUGUUUCUUUGCUGGCUUAAAAAUACACAUCCCUAGUAGAUGCUGCCUAAUCUCCUACUUUGAUACUAAGGUACUGGAUAGAAGCUGCUGUUUUCAUGUGACUCUCACAUCCUGUUUCUUUCUGAAUAUGGAAUUGGAAGUAUUUGUUGACCAGAUUUCCCCUGUUAAGUGGUUUUGCUAGCCACAAAGCUCUCCUGAACAGUUUUCUCUAUUCUAAUAAUGGCUCAUUUCUGUCGGGUGCUGUCUUGGCCUUCUCCUUUUCCAUGUAUUAUGUUUCAGGUUUGGUUUGGUUUGGGUUUUUUUUUACAUUGUUCCUUCUUGCCCACAGACUUUCUCACUGAACCCAGGAUGAGCUUUUACCAAAAGUUUUCCUCUUGAUUGUGGAAUUAGGGCUUUUUUGGCCACAUACUUUUUUCUUUUACAGAAGAGUUUUUUUUCUGCCUUAUUUCUUUUUCUCAUGGACAACUCAGUUUACAGUUUUGCUCACCUUGGAAAUCAGCGCAGGUUUAUUACUGGUUGUGACUCUCUUUUACGUGUCCGUAUUCCAUAUGAAGAGGACAAAAUGCCCAGUUUCACUCAAGCUAUUAUGUUGUCUUGUAUGCAUCACCUCGAAGUCUGAAAAAUUGACUUGUUUUGGGUGCAGUGUCUUGUAUUAGGCAACCUACAGUUUUAAAAGUCAGAAAGGUGUUUUUGCCAACUGCUUGAAUUCCAUGGGGGAUGGCUCCCAAGUUAAAAUUCCUUGCAGUAGUUUUUCAUUUUGUAUGUUAAAGGUGCUUGAAAUUGUCUUUCCUGGUCCUUGGUUUGAUCUGUUGUUUUCUGAUGGCUGCUAUCCUUCCCCUUCUUGGAAUCUGCUACCUAGCAUAGGUAUGUAUUUAAGGCUGUUCAAUUCCUGUGUUACCAGUUAUUUCAAAGGUAUUAUUGCUUGUGUUUGUGUAGUUUGCUGCUGCUCCUACAGCUUUUACUUUUGCCCAGGAAGAAACUAAUGAUAUUUUCCCCAACUAAUGAUACUUUCCCCAAGGGACAUUCCCAUUGAGUUUCAGAAAUGCCAGUUUAUUCCAGGCCUCUUUCUUUUUUCUCUCAUCAGUGAGGCUUUCUUAUUUCUCUGUUUACCCAGAGUCCUGUUGCUGGUGUAGAAACAAUUGAAGAUACCUUAUUCUCAUCCUUGUCACUUAUUUCAGUUUGGAUUAAGUCUUCCGCUUUGAAUUUGAAUUCCCAAGGCCGUUCUAACAUAUUCAGAGUGCUUCAGGUGGUUUAAAAAGUAUAGUCUCUACCUGCGGGAUGCAAGAUCUAACAUCUAUAGAAAAUUCUUCCCUGUUGAGAUGAUGCCUCAGGUUCCACAAUCUUCAGCUGCUUGCUUUGUGCACUCAAGCCAAGCACGGUUCAAUUAUUUAACUCCCACUUACAAGAGUGAAAGAUUCUCUAACAAGAUCCUAUGGUCCUUCCUCUUCAGCUCCCUGAAUUCUUUGACCCUGCAUUGUCUCUGUGAUGCCAAUCCAUUUGUUUCUCUGUGUCUGUCCACGAGAAGACUUGACAAUGACUCUGGAGUUCUGUAUUAGGUUGCAUCUUGCAUCUUUGCUGGAAGGUGAUAGCACUUUUUCUUCCUGUCCUUUACUGAAUCCAUUGUCUGUUCUUAGCUGGAUUUUGCAAAUUAUCGUUGCUUUAAAAGGAAACAUCAUGUAGGCUGGAAAUCAUUUAGAAAAGUCACCCACAAACAGUAACUGAGUCUCAGCCGUGACUAAUGAUAGUAUUGCUGGUCUAUAAUUCAGUUAAAUCUUCAAGAAAGAUUUAAGACUUUCAUAAUUUAAAGCUUUAUGGUUAGUCAACCAUGCCCCCUAUUAGAGCAUUUUUGUUGGUUAUCACUGCCAUUGAAACUGUCAUUCUAUUUUACUACUUUUUUUUUCUUUUUAAUCCAUAGAGUCUUGUUAUGCCUUUGUUCAGUACAUUAAAGACUUCUGCUAUAAGAAGUCUUUCUUCUUUUGUAAUGAAUUACAGACCAUGAUCGGGUCGCUGUAUUCAUCUUCCCAAACAGCUUAAUUAAAUUGAGCUGGUUUAGGUGUCUCACAAUAAGGCGUGACUCCAUCAUGGAGUACUUCUCUAUCGCCUUUCUUUUUCCUUUGUGAAUGACCAGGCUGUGUAAUGCUCAGUUACAAGUCUUGCUACAUUAUGCCUAAACGGUUAUCCUGAGCCACCAAGCUUACAUUGCCAUAAAAGGAUAUGUAGUUCUUUGAAUUAGAUCUUUUUUCUCUAAAUUAAAGCAGCAUUAUGUUUCUUUUCUUAGCUGAGUGCAACCUGUAUCAGUUACACUGUGAUUUUGCCAAAUCAGUGUUAGGUUAAAUGACUUACAGCAACCUGGAUGAUCCCAUUUACUUUUCAAAUACUUUUUAAGUAAAAGUAUUUGCUGGUCUUUUGGAACACGUUCAGAGCUCCAAAGUUGUUUGGAAGAGAAAGCCCAUGGCUUCCAUCUGCUUGCCAGAUAAUUCUUUUAAAGUUAUUGAUUGUCAGUUUCUAGCUAUGCAACUUCUUGGAUGUUUUAUUUAAUGAGUAGAACUCAUUAGAUCGGCAAGGUAAUAUUUCGUUACUUCACAGAUUUGUCUACAUCAUCCAACUUUCUUCCCAAUAUAGAAUAUAAUUAUGAGAUUCUGCCUGUCUUAUAUAUUUUUAUUAAUUAUUUUAUCUUUAUAUCAACUAAAGGAUAUAUAUCAUGUUUAGGAUUUUCUUCUAAUACUUCGCAGGUAAUGUACCUGAAAGCUGCCCAAGUUUACUAGUGCAGUUUCAGAACAUAGAAUGAAAUUGCUCUGUACAUUUCCUUAACUACAAGAUAGGUACCUGUUCAAUCGUCAUUUCAGGUACAACAGAUUACAUUUGUGUGCAUGGUUUCUUGUUUCUGUAUAGUAGAACACCAAAGUACUAGAGAGAUGUAGUAACUUGGUCCAACAAACAUUUCAAUUUCAUGUAGUGUCUGUGUAAUGAAAAAAAAAC